GAAUGUAUCUCAUUCUGCAGAGCGUGCUAUAUCGAAAGACGUGUGUUACUGUAUGUCUCUCUUGAUUUGUAACUCGUUUAUAAAAAGAUCUGCAUCAUGGGAGGACUUGAAUUUGCACUGAUUCUAAUGUUUUCCAACAUUGCUACGCUCUAUUUUGAGAAUUUUGUGUCAGCUGCAGGAUAUCCAAAUGUGACGAUGAUUAAGAAAGGACAGAAAGUGUGGUGUGUAGCCCAAGAAGAUGCUGCAACCUCAGCUCUGGCAUGGACCUCGAAGAAUUAUAGAUUAAACGUGGCAGCCUCAUAUUUCGCUGGAGAAACAAGUGACCUAGACUGUAACUUCAUGAAGCCAGAGACUUGCACAGAAUGGAGUGGCUGGAAACAAUCAUCAAGUUUGGAACAUCCUGUGCCUCCUCUGUUCGACUACCGUUGGAAUGCUCAAAGAAGGAAGGUGAAUGUUGCAGCUAAAGGAGAAUAUUACUUCUUGAUGUAA